AAUUUAACAAACGGAAUGUCCAGUAAAACACUUAGUCACAAAAUCAGAGCCUGGUGUGUGCAAUAGUGAAACUUGCCUGUUUUAAUAGCUCUUGUUAGGACGUGUUGACCAAUCAAGCAGGAUUGCGUUACUGCGUCUUUUUCCGUGGAAGAACGCCUCUUCCAGUACGAACCUCCUCCUGCUGUGUCACUCCUAGUCUCACCGGAACACCAGGAAGGUCUGUACCGCACGAAUUUCUUUGUUUUUAACUGUGGUAAGAGCAAAAUCGAAGUUUGCCUCAGCCUGCGAUGCUCGCAUCAGCCCACUGAAGAGGAGAACCGGGGCGAUCAUUCCCCAUGCAGGCGUAGAUCCGUGUGAAUCGUUCUGUUCCUGUGUCUCAUCAUGGCCUCUUCAGAUUUCUGGCCUCUGUGUGCAUUGCUGUCUUUGGCAGUAGUGCAGGGGAAACAGUAUGCGCUCCCACUACCUGUCCCUGAGAUAGUGAGAGUAUAUUCAGAUGGAAGUGACAUAUAUGAUUUUGGUGUUUGGAAGAUGAAUGUUGAAUGGAGGGAUAAUUUCCCCAAUGGCAAUAAACCAGAGCCAGUCACUUAUGACGCAGAGAUCUUCCAUACUGAGCAGAUGCAACUUGUACAUAAGGAGACAUUAAAAGACCCAAUGGGCACUCAUCAGUGGAGCUGGACUUCACCCUUACCUCUCCAGUGUACCUCACAUUCAGUCAGACUGCGCACCAGACACCAGAGUCACACCAGUGAUUGGACACCUUUAUACACUUUAAAAGGAAAAGACAUAGAUAAUUCUUCUGAGAGUAACAUAUAUCCUAAAGAUUACGUCGCACGAGUUGGUGAAGGUAUUGUAUUCUGCUGUAUAUUAAAGACGGAGAGCCGUGCGGGAUUCAGUCAUCCUCCUUUUACCAUCCAGAUUAGCAACAGGACAUACAUCACAGAGCCUGUUCGCCGUGAUGACGUCUCUGACACUGGAGGUUUUGAUGUGCUUUGUAAUCAAACAGGCGCCACAUACUUCAUUGGUUAUGCCCCUGAUGACCAGAAUCUUACAUGUGAGACAAGAGAUCUCAAUUCUGUGGAAUGUCACUGGAUCCCUGGGAAAACAGGCAAAUCACGCAUGUUUAAUGUACAGUACAAAGUCAAUGGAAGGAAUUGUUCAGUUGAUCAGUGUGUACUGGAUGACAGCGUAGAUAAGGGGGUGAUGAAUUGGACACUAAUUGCCAAAAACAGACUUGGCGAAAAGAUGAUCAGCGAUGUAGCUGAUCCAAAACACAGGGUACGACUCAAAGCACCCACGAUUACAAGUGCAGUUUUGGUUCAUGCAAGGAAUGCCACACUUGAAUGGCAAUGGGAUGAAAAGUCAAAAUUGAACUCUUUCCCAAUGAUUUGCCAGGUGGAAGUGAAUGGACACACUGUUCAGGAAACAUUUAAUGGAUCUGGACUCAAGUCACUGGUCUUGACAGACCUGCAGCCCUUUACUGGAUACUCAGCUCGUGUGCGGUGUGGCUCUUAUGAACAUUUUUAUAAGUGGGGUGACUGGAGUACCCUCAACACCUUCUCUACCAAAGAAGACAUUCCAGAAGCUGUGGAUAUGUGGAUGCAAAUUCUUAAUGGACACACUUAUGUUGUAUGGAAGAGUUUAACUGCGAAUCAGAGUCAUGGGAUUAUUACAGGCUAUGAGCUGCUUUUAGGAAGCACCACAGAUGAGCCCAAAGAGCACAUCAGCAAAGCCACAAAUGAACACUGCCACAAAGUCAGCGCAAAGAGAGCAGAAGGAGAUUAUUUUAUGUUCAUUUCUGCCAAGAACUCUGCCGGUAUCUCUCCUCCCUCCAAAAUCACCAUCCCUAACCUACAGUCAGAUGGUGGUAUUAUCCCUGAUCACAUCUCUGGACUUAACGACAGUUUUAGCAUAUCUUGGGAUCCAAGCCCCAAUUCCAGCUGUGGCUAUGUGGUGGACUGGUUUCCAACAUACAGUACAGAGCAGUGUGCUGUAAAAUGGAUGAAGAUCUCCUCUGGUGUGUCAAAUGCCACAAUUUACUCAGAUUUUGAAAAUGGGGUAAAGUACACUCUCUCAGUCUAUGCGUGCACUUCAGGAGCCCCACAGCUACUGCAGAGAAGAGAAGGCUAUGUGAAAGAGCUGGCCCCAGUAGGCAAAGUUCAGAACCUAACAGCAGAGCAACAUGGCAAGGAUAUUAAGCUGUCCUGGAAAGACAUGCAUGAAGAGGAGAAGAAAGGCUUUAUAUUGGGCUAUAAUGUGUACUACAAGCAUUCCAGUGAAGACCAAAAAUAUGAUAUUCUAAUGGCAUCAAUUCGUGACCCCUCUGUUCGAACACAUACGUUGUCAAUUCUUCGUUCUGGUAACUAUAUAUUUAAGGUCAAGGCCUUCACAUCUGCAGGAGAGGGUCCUGAAUCUGAUGUCUAUCGCUAUGUGGAUCAGCAGGUUUACACAAUGGUUUCCAGCAUUCUCAUAGUUUUGGGUACAUUAGCCUGUAUCAUUGCCAUCAUCGUCCUUUUCUGCAUCAAGAGGGAAUGGUUACAAUCAAAACUGUAUUCAGAUACUCCUAAACCAGUGUUUUCAGGAGAAUGGCUUACACAGGACUUUCACCACUGCUACGUCAUGGAUAAGAUACUGCUUUCAGAAAGUGAGGUGCUCAUGGUGGAAAAUCCAGAACCUUGUCUACAGGUUGUGCCACAGGUACAGAAAGCACAACAAGAGGUUGAUCUGAAAUCCAAAGAUCCGCCGUGGACGAGAUACUACAAUGAUGUUUGUGAUCCUCAGACUGUUUCUCCCCUCACCAUCGACCUUUCCUACACAGAGGUCUCAUCCCCAGGGAUUCAGAAUCCUACAUACAACAUUCCUCUGUCCCUUCCAGAUGAUGCUAAUCUAGUGUUAGGUUACAUGCCUCAAAUACAGAAUGGCGACAACCAGCUCCAACCCUGUGAUGUCAAAUUUGUCCAGAUGGACUCUGCGGGCUAUCAGCCCCAAUCACAAGGAUCUUCACAAACUACUGAAAUACCUAAUGAGACCAGCUUACCACUCAGUACAGCUUCAGUCAGUUCUUCUGAGUAUCUGCUUCACCAGUGCUUGUAGGUAGUCUUAUCUACAAAAUUCCAGUGUGCUUUCAAGUUUUUGUUCCAACAAAGCAGGAGAGGCCAUGAUCAGUUGUUUGAAGCAGUAGAAUCAGGUGAGAUCCUGCAUGAUUGGAAGGAAAACCUAUAGCCACAUCGGCCCUUUGUGGAUAAAACCGGACACUCCUGCUUUAAAUACAACAUAUAGUGGCAUUUAGUAGCACUGUUUAAACUUUGACAAAAAAACAACAAAAGCUUAUGUAUUAUGACACACCUGUAAUGUGAGUUUAUUUGAAUGUACAUUUGUACAUUUUUUUGUAUUGUAUGACUACUGUUUGUUCUUGAGUUAAAACAUCUCUUGCUUCAGAUAUAUAGAAUAAAUAAUGUUUUAUUUUUAAUGUUGA